UCAAAAGAAACAGCUGGCAAGCAAGCAAGCAAAUCAAAGAGAGCAGGUCUCUAUAGUAUCAAAUUCAAAACUCGUAAAAUCGUUGUAAACUCGCGAUUUUGACAUCCUUGCCCCCAACCCAAUUUCGUUCAAUUUACGCUCCGAGAAUAGCGCGUAUCAGCACCAGUGCUCUCAAAAUGAUAAAAAUACAGUAACCCCCUUACCAAACCCUAACAGCAACAACAAAAACUCUCAUUUCACGUUCAUAACCGGCACCAACAAACAAACACCGUUUAUCUUCGAAAUUACCGUUUCACCCUCCAUGCAGUGAAGGAAAGCGCUCACCCUCUCCAAACCUCCACAGUCUGACCUUCAGCAUGUCAGGAGAUCGCCGGGAAUCGCCUCCGGUGACCGCAGGAGGAAACGGAGUGGUGUUACAGGAUAAAAAAACAGCUCCAGUGAUGGUGCCGAGUCAGAGGCUGAGAUUACACCCUAACAAGGAUCAUAUGCCAGAGAGCUAUGAAGAUCUACAACUGGACUUCAGUCCUUCGGUUUUUAGGUCGCUGGAGAAAUACUUGCCGCCUAAUAUGCUUAGUGAUAGCAGAGAAGAGAAAGUGAAGUUCAUGAGAGAUAUUCUAUUGAAGUAUUUGCCUCAUGGAGAGCGAACCAGAGCACAGAAACAUGGAGAAUACAGGCAGAAGAUAAUAUCACAUUAUAAGAGCAUUCAUCUCUUGAAAGUGGUCAAAGAGCGAGAAAAUGCUGAGAGGUUAGGUCUAUCUGAAGAUGGUAGUGAGCCUUUGAAAAGAGAGUUAUACUCAAUGCACCCUGUAACUUUCUUUGUCCCGUCCUUUAUGAAAGCAAUCAAUGAUAACACAGAAGAAAGCCUUAGAAGCAUCAUAUCAGAACCCUCUCCUGGCGUGCUCACAUUUGAGAUGCUUCAGCCACGCUUUUGCGAAUUACUAGUAGCAGAGGUUGAAAAUUUUGAGGCAUGGGUUAAUGAUACAAAAUUUCGAGUCAUGCGACCAAAUACGAUGAACAAAUAUGGAGCUGUUCUUGAUGAUUUUGGCCUUGAAACAAUGCUUGACAAGCUUAUGGAUGGUUUUAUCCGUCCUAUAUCUAAAGUUUUUUUUCGUGAAGUUGGUGGGGCAACUCUGGAUUCUCAUCAUGGUUUUGUUGUUGAAUAUGGCAAAGAUUGGGAUGUUGACUUGGGCUUUCACGUGGAUGACUCUGAAGUAACUUUGAAUGUUUGCUUGGGCAAGCAAUUUUCUGGAGGAGAAUUGUUUUUCCGGGGCACACGAUGUGAUAAACAUGUAAAUACUGGAAGUCAGCCAGAGGAAAUUUUUGAUUAUUCUCAUGUUCCUGGUGGAGCUGUGCUUCAUCUUGGUCGUCAUAGGCAUGGUGUUAGGGCCACAACAUCUGGUCAUAGGAUCAAUUUACUCCUGUGGUGCAGAAGUUCGGUCUUCAGAGAGAUCAGGAAAUAUCAAAAAGAUUUCUCGAGUUGGUGUGGAGAGUGCGCACGAGAAAAGAAGGGAAGGCAGCGAGCAUUCAUUGCUGCCACUAAAUCGGAGUUACUCAGGCAGGAUGGUGAGUCCGUAGCGUGAGCUGUUCAUUCAGUUGUAAUUGUAGACUUGUGUAGCUCCAGAUCUCUAUGCGCCGCCGUUGGUAAAUCUUUUGAAGUUCAGUUUUGUGCUCCAGCGUACCAUGACAUGGUUGAACCUUGAAUGUCCAAAUUGUGUGAACUGCAUGAGAUGAACCUGCUUGUAGCAGAUUACAGUAUAUGCCUGCACAUUUUGUAAAAAGAUUUAGGACUGAUCUGAUGUUAGUAAUCGUAAAUUAACAGUUCGUAGCACCAUGUUUAGGGGUAGUCUUGGUAUUUGGAACCACAGUUAGCAAUGCCAAUAAUUCUGUAACUUGAUCAUUUACAAAAUGUUUAAUAAAACUGUGCAUUUUCUCUAA